UUUUAAGUUCAAAGGUAAGGUUUGAAACCAAAUGAUACAUGUUCAUGGGUUCCUCUGUGAUUUAGGGAUAUGUUUUCUAUUUUCUCUAUAUAUCCCAGUUUUUAUCUUCGAUGUUUUUGCUACUUUAAAUUCUGUUUGGUAGAACAUAAGCAAAUGUUUAUGAAUAUGUAUUAGAAGCAGAUUUUGACUUAGUAAAUAGAAUUAAAAUUUAGUAACAGACUUCCUUCAAUUUUGAUAUAUUUUUUUUGGCACUUUGAAAUAAUCCCUCAUAAGUUAAAAACCUCAACGAUUGAAUGCCUUGGGAUGACUCUACUACAAGGAGACGGCUUGACGUUCAGCGCCAGCCAGCUCACUGGUAUUGAGGGCUUAUUUGUGUGGCUGUUUCUCUGCCUACUGUUUCUGAUAAUUCCAGAAUACGUUGUGGGCACUGCAAAAGUGUUUCCUCGAAUGCUAAUCUUCCAUCAUUUCUCUCCUGACCAUUCCAGCGUUGACCCAUUCAUUGCCUGUAGAAUAAAAUCAACAUUCCUUUGCAUGGCAUAGAAAAUAUUUCAGGCUGUUCCUGACCUGGUUUUUCAGCUUCAGCAUUUACCAUUCUGUCCAUCUUCAAAUCCAGCCAGAGUAAAUUGUGUAUGCCAUUAUUUUUGCUUAGACUAGGCUCUUCUUUGCAUAGCAAACCCCAAGUAAUUCUUCCAAACCCAUGUCACAUGCUGUGUUCUUCCCAUAUCUCUGGUGGACUCUUCCAGACAGCAUCAGAUCCUCCCCUGGCCCCCAGAUCUUCUCUCACGGACUGGUGGUCACACCUUUCCACACCAGUCCACUCCACCAGCUCUGAGCUUCCCAAGGACAGUCGUAUGUCUAAGUCUGUGUCGUAUCCCUAGCUCAGGCCAGAGCCAGAAGUAACUGCUCAAAAACCGGCUGCUUCAUUCAGCCUCUUCUUCAACAAGAACAGUCUAUACAUGUGCAAGUACAUUAAAGACUAGCACAGGGACAGAAAUGCAGUAACAAAACCAGAAUUCACACCAGUCAACCUGUAUUUCUGUCCUGGUGCAUGAUGGUGAGUAGAGAAGCUUUAUUAUUACAUAAAUGUAAAUUCUGUAGGCAAUUUGUGGGACUGGUGUGUGUUUGCAAGAAAGAAACAAUAGCUUUAUAGCAUUACUCUGGCUUUAAGUGUGACAGAAUGAAUAGGAAUUUGCUAGCACAUUGGCAGACCUAAUUUGAGAAAUACCAGUGAACUUAGAGAAAUCAAACAAUGUUAGAAAAGGCACAUGUUUUCAUUUUGGAACUUUUUUUUUUUUUUGCAGAAGUCAUUUAUCCCAUUUAAUCAACUGCUUAGAAAUGGGAUUGCUGGGUCACAAGGGUAAAUAUACGUAUAUGAAAUUUUAUCAUUACUACUUAAGUGUCGUGGCCCUUUCAUGCAAAUAUUAAAUAGAAACAGUCUUUAAGUUGCUCGCUUCUUAGUUUUAGAAAUAGUGGGUCUGGUAAUCGUGUUUUAUUGUGAAUUGCUAUCAUGCUUGUUGAACUUUGCUAUCAGCUGUUUCAGGACUUGUACUGUAUUUGACCUCUAGAGUCUAGAUGAGUAGGUCACUAUUAAACACAAAAUUUUCUACUUCUGACUUAGUAUUUCAUACAGUUUUUUUUAAGUUUAUUUUGAGAGAGGGCGCAUGCAGACGCAUGCCCAAGUUGGGGUGGGUCAGAGAGAGAGAGGGAACUUGGUCCACACACUGCAAGAUCGUGACCCGAGCUGAAAUCAAGAGUCAGAUGCUCCCCCGACUAAGCCACCCAGGUGCCCCAGUACUUCAUACAAUUUAAGGCAUAUAAUCUGAGGUUUAGGCUUUACUCUUUGAUUGGAGUAUGUCCUGCUGAGAAUUUAGUCGACUCUGUGGAUUAACUGUCUUCAUAGCACUUUCAACAUCCUUUAGUAAUAAAGUAGUCAGGAGCAGGGGCAGACAAAUCUGGUUUUUUAUCCCCAGUCAGUAGCUAUCCUGUAUAUUGGGGAAGUUAAUGGUUCCUAUGUGUAGAUUGUUGUAAGAAUGAACUCGGGUAACGUACGUUGAUAGCUUAGCACAGAACCUGCCACGCACACAGCAGCACAUGAUACUGCCCUGGCAGUUACUUUGAGUGUGCUUGGGUUUGAGCGAAGAGUGAUGGUGCCCUCACAGAUUUCCCGGAAACCCAGGUGGAGGGAGAUUUGUUACCUCAGCCAUCCAAGGACCAGGUCUUCAACACCUGCCUUCCUUCACCUGCUCCUCUGAACCUUUUAUAUGAAAGGCUUUGAAGGGAGCUUGUUCUUAUCGACCACCUCAUUCUAUGAUCUUAACCUUCUUGGUUUUGCGGACUCUGAAAAUCUGGUAGUGUGGCCUGCAGAUUUGCAUGCACUCAGCCUUGUGCAUGUGGACUCCCAGACAAGGCCCUCAUCUUUGAAGUGGGUGGAAAAUCUAGAUUAGCCGAAGCUUUCUCUGUGUGAGGCAUUGUACUUAGGAUACCUGUUUAUGGGGUUUCAGAACUUAGCACAAAUUCAGUUUUUCAAAGAAACUAAGGAAUCGUAAAAAAAAAAAAGUAAGAAUCACUAUAAACACAUUUUACCCCUGAGGAGUAGUAGGAAAGAAAACCUUUGCACUAAACUGAAGAGAAACCGUUUCUCUGAGAUUUGUGGGCUUUGUAAGGGGACUCCCUACCAGUUAGCACAAAGGAACUGGCUGCCUGCCGCCUGCUCACGGAAAAAGGGUGCGGCCCAUCUGGCCCAGGUGUGUCUGGCAGGACCGGACGUCGGUCUUGGUUACUGAGGAACAUGGGCCGUCUGUGCAUAGAGGUGCUGGUGCCAGCCUGUCACGAACCUGCCAUGUUCUCGGUAGGGUGGGCGCUCCAACGUGUGUUGUGGGUGCUGGUUGUCGGCAUCACAGCCUAAGACCACAACAGAUAAGGGCCUUGUUUUCACAGAUGGAGUUGCAGUUAUUUACCGGAGAUGAGGUAUAAAUGAACAGUUUGUGUUGUCACUUCGUAAAAUUCGGGAGCAAAGAAAAGAUCUGAAAACAGGUAAAAGGAAUGCUUAAGUAGCAGAUUAAAUUCAUCUUGCUGUAAUGUUUUCAAAGGACACUUGACAUUGGGAAUAUUUCUUUAUGAAGCAGAGCAGCGGUUCAAGCUUCGUAGAACUGAUGCCAUGGACCGCCUGUGCACGCCCCUCUCAUUGACAUCGUAGCAUCCCCCAGUCUCGCUGUCACCUGUAAGCCCGCGUGGUCCUAAGGAUCGUCUUGUCGUGGAUAGUUGUUAUUUCUAUUGAGUGUGGAAUGAUAAAGAAUUUUAAACUAAUUCCAACACUACGUUGAGGUUUUACACUUCACAUAACAUUUUACAUGAAAGUACAGCCCAAAGAACUUACACUAAUUUCAGUAAUUUUCUAAGUAGAAACAGAUGUCUCUGGAAAGCAAAAUAGGAUUUGAGGCAAGUCUUUGAUCUGCUGUCUGAUAAACGUGUAGGAGUUUACGGUCUCGAGUGAGGUAAUUGAAACGCGGCUCCUGUGUGUGAGUCCUUAGCUCUGGUAGCCCCACGCGGUUUAGCUGGGAAACCAGGCCAAGCCUCCCUGGGAAGCGGGCGGAGGCAGUCACAGCAUCCCUAGAAGAGGCAGGCCUGCGGAGGGUGUUGUUGAUGGUGUCAUUUACUUAGAAAUAUAGGAGGAGGAACACAUCUACAGUGAAGUAGUUCUGGCUGUCCCCAAAUAGGUGCUCGGCACGUGCUUUUCGGUCCUUUCUGUCACCAGUGUGGCUGGUUGGAUUCAGUGGGGAAGGGCAGAAGGGAAGGCAACCUCACAAGAAAUUGCUGCGUUGGACCACAGCUGAAGACCUGCCUGAAGGCCUGGUACUCUGGAGUGGCAGCCACCUGUUGCAUUCCUGGUCUACUUUGCUAUAAUGUGAAGAAAUGGCAGAAUACAGCCUGCGGAUGAGUUACACGUGUUCCCUAGUCCCAGUCUAGCAAGCCUUGCAACCCUCCCCAGCCAGCCCCAAAUGUCUUAGUUCUUGGCGGAAAGUAUAGUCCCUUUGGUACUACAGUUCCACUCGGGUCAGAUAGGCCUCUCCAGGCAACAUGUCGUCUGGAUUUAAGCAACCUUUGCCAACACUUCUCUUUGCCAAAUCUCUCUUCUUGAGCGUCGUCCUUUUUCUUAAUUCUGGAAAGUUGCCAUCCCUUCGGUUUGGUCCCAGAAUGGAUUCAAGCUGACUGAUGUAGAAGAUGUUGUUUCAGUUCCUUCUAGCCCACCAUCAUGGUCCAGGCACAUUGAAUCUGUGGUGAGAAGGAGUGGGCAGCCCCGGCCUGUGGACACAGAGGAACAGGGAGAACCUGCCAUGGCCUCUCCUGUGGAACAGUGUGGCAGGGACAGUGCAGUGACCAUGGCCUCCAAGCAGGACCCAGUUGCUGCUGGGCCCCAUUCAGUGAUGUAUUCCUCAGGGCCAGGCACGACAGGUGAGGCUGGUUCUCAGAGAACCGUGUUCUUGGGAAUCUUCCCCCCUGUCACUCACAACCAGAACAUUCCCUGACCAGCUCCUCUCAGCCAUAGCGUGGGGUACGGGGUUUGUGUUUCACUGACUGCUGCGCCUGUCUUCUUUAGGAAAGUGAACGUGGCAGUUCCAGAAAUCAGAAUAUUUCUCUGACCACAUCUCAGUCACCCUUAUAAAGCUGCCUGUGACCCAUUGUACAUCUAAGCCAAAAAUACCAUUUUCAGAGUGUUAGUAUGGUCUGUAUGCUGUUCUUUCUUUGAGGGAGUGAGUACAUAGCAUUUCUCAGAGGAGAACUCCCUACCAAAACAGCUUUAGCCUUCCUUUGCAAGGGGGUUUUAUUUUAAUGGCAAAGAAAAUACUUUUCCACCUUUUUUCUAAAUAGGUUUAUUUCUGUCUCUGCAAGCACUCAUUCUCUCCAGUAUACAGGCCCUACUCGUGGAGGACUGUAAUCGGUAUUCAUUUGGGAGAUAGUGUGAGAGGAGCCAAAUGAGGAAACGCAUCUGCCGGCUGGUUUGGGCCAAAAGAGGAAGGCAGGAGGGAGAGGUUCAUUUUCCAGACACUGAGAGAGCAGAAUGGCUAAAUAAGACCGUAAAACACAUGUGGCCUUUUAUUUGCCAGUUUAUAGAGAAGUUGUUUCGAGAAACCAUAGAGCCAGCUGUGCGAGGAGCAAACACCCACCUCAGCACCUUUAGUUUCACAAAAGUUGAUGUGGGUCAGCAGCCACUCAGGAUCAAUGGUGUGAAGGUGUACACUGAAAAUGUGGACAAAAGGCAAAUUAUUUUGGACCUUCAAAUUAGUUUUGUAGGAAACUGUGAGAUUGAUUUGGAGAUCAAGCGAUAUUUUUGUAGAGCUGGUGUGCAAAGUAUACAGAUUCAUGGUACAAUGCGGGUGAUCCUGGAACCGUUGAUUGGAGACAUGCCCUUAGUGGGAGCCUUGUCUAUCUUCUUCCUUAGGAAACCACUGAUAGAAAUUAAUUGGACAGGACUGACUAAUCUUCUCGAUAUCCCUGGAUUAAAUGGUCUGUCAGAUACCAUCAUUCUGGAUAUAAUAUCAAACUACCUGGUGCUUCCCAAUCGGAUCACCGUUCCUCUUGUCAGUGAAGUUCAAAUAGCACAGUUGCGGUUUCCUAUACCAAAGGGUGUCCUAAGGAUACAUUUUAUCGAAGCUCAGGACCUUCAGGGGAAAGAUACUUACCUUAAGGGACUCGUCAAGGGAAAGUCGGACCCCUAUGGGAUUAUUCGAGUCGGCAACCAGAUCUUCCAAAGCAAAGUCAUCAAAGAGAACCUCAGUCCGAAGUGGAACGAGGUAUACGAGGCUUUAGUCUAUGAACAUCCCGGACAGGAAUUAGAGAUUGAGCUCUUUGACGAAGACCCGGACAAGGAUGACUUCUUAGGAAGUCUUAUGAUUGAUCUUAUUGAAGUUGAAAAGGAGCGCCUUUUAGAUGAAUGGUUCACCCUGGACGAGGUCCCAAGAGGAAAGCUGCACUUGAAACUGGAGUGGCUCACGUUGAUGCCAAAUGCUUCAAACCUCGAUAAGGUGCUGACAGACAUCAGGGCUGACAAAGACCAAGCCAAUGAUGGUCUUUCCUCUUCGUUGCUGAUCUUGUAUUUGGAUUCAGCAAGGAACCUUCCGAGUAUCUACGAGGGAAACUUUGGGUGUGGCUACUUAAAAGAGAGGCGAGCGUCGGGACUAGUGUUUUGUGAAAAUACUACCUCAGUCUAUAGAGCACUAUUUAGUAACCCAUUAGAAUUUAACCCUGAUGUCUUGAAGAAGUCUGCAGUUCAGAAAGCUUUAAAGUCAGGGAAGAAAAUAAACAGCAAUCCAAACCCUCUUGUCCAGAUGUCAGUUGGACACAAGGCCCAGGAGAGCAAGAUUCGGUACAAAACCAAUGAACCUGUAUGGGAAGAAAACUUCACCUUCUUCAUUCACAAUCCCAAGCGCCAGGACCUUGAAGUCGAGGUCAAAGAUGAACAGCAUCAGUGUUCUCUGGGGCACCUGAAGAUCCCUCUCAGUCAGCUGCUUACCAGCAAUGACAUGACCAUGAACCAGCGAUUUCAACUCAGUAAUUCAGGUCCAAACAGCACUCUGAAGAUGAAGAUCGCCCUCAGGAUACUCCACCUUGAAAAGCCAGAAAGGUCCCCAGACCACCAACACUCAGCUCAAGUAAAGCGACCCUCUGUUUCCAAAGAAGGGAGAGAAAUAUCUGUCAGAUCUCACGCGUCCGCAUCGCCGGGCUCCGGUGAUGGCAGCACAGCCUCGUGCACACCAGUCGUCGGGGGCAGCGAUAAGCCUGGCGUGGAAGAGGGGGCCCAGCCUGUGGAGGCCAGCCCCCAAGGCCCACGCGACCUGGGCAGGAGCUCCUCCAGCCUCCAGACCAGUGCCACCUGCUCCCCCAGCCACAUCUCCGUUAAGGAGCCCACUCCAAGCAUAGCCUCAGACAUAUCCCUGCCCAUCGCCACCCAGGAGCUUCGACAGAGGCUGCGGCAGCUAGAGAAUGGGACGACACUGGGGCAGUCGCCCCUGGGGCAGAUCCAGCUGACCAUCCGACACAGCUCGCAGAGAAACAAGCUUGUGGUGGUCGUGCACUCCUGCAGAAAUCUCAUUGCCUUCUCUGAAGAUGGCUCUGACCCCUAUGUCCGCAUGUAUUUGUUACCAGACAAGAGGAGGUCAGGAAGGAGAAAAACACACGUGUCAAAGAAAACACUGAACCCCGUGUUUGACCAGAGUUUUGAUUUCAGCGUUUCAUUACCAGAAGUACAGAGGAGGACACUGGAUGUAGCAGUAAAGAACAGUGGUGGCUUCCUGUCCAAAGACAAAGGGCUUCUUGGCAAAGUGUUGGUCGGUCUGGCAUCCGAAGAACUGGCCAAGGGCUGGACCCAGUGGUACGACCUCACAGAAGAUGGCACGAGACCACACGUGGUGACGUAGUCCCUGCCGGGCACGAGGAGCCCCGCCGGCGUGCCAACCAUCUUCGUGCACUCGCAGCGCACCCUCCCACAGACGUACCAAUAUUGUUUUUAUAAUUUCAGUGUAUUUAGUUAUAUAUAUCUUAAUAGUUUUAUAAAACAUGUUGACAUUUUAGGCAUAUUUGGCCAAUGUUAUCAUUAAAUUUUAUAUGUUUAAUUUCCUGUAGUAUUUGCCAGUUAUUCUAGCGUAUAAUAGGGUAGUAGUUAGUUACUGUGUCGCGUAAGGCUGUAUGUCUGUUGUAUCGAUGAGGAAGCAGAUCUAUGUAUAUGCUUUACUGUUGCCUUGUUUUGUACAUCGCUGAGGUACACUCUGCCAUGUAAAUAGACUAUUUUUUAUAAUCUCUACCUGCUGGUUUGAACUCUGAAGAAAAUGGAUUAAGGAAAUAUAUUUUUUUUCUAAGACUUAUUAAAUUCUUAUGACACAUAAUCAUUUUGUCUUCGCAGGAAAAGUUCUCAGUGACCAAUUUUGUGGUAUUUUCUUUUUAAAAAGAAAAGCUGAAAGACUAAAUAUUAAAUAAGUGUAGUUCUGCCCAUCACGAAUGAAGAAAAUAUUCAAAAUAUUACCACUUUUAUAAAUAUAAAUAUGUAUUUUUGAGAAGUCAGAUGAAGUGCUUCUAAGGAAAAAUGUGUAACUGAGUAAUACAUAAUACUAAGAGGAUGUCAUGUCAUCAUGGUGCACUAACUUGAAGUUUCUUACAUGAAAUGUCUUAAUUGCUUGAUAGAAUGUAUUCAUGAAAUAGUACGCAGAUACACAGUUAUACUUCCUAAAAUACAACCCAAAUUUUCAGUGUUAGCAGUUAGGCUAUUGUGAAAUAGUCGGUCAUAAGGUUUGUUAGUUUUCAGUGUUUUCCCAGCCUGUGAAGACAGAGACAGGCUCACGUGGUCACCGUAAAGUUUGUGGGGUGGAUCUGGGUAAGGAGGAAAUUGUUUUAAAAACCAACAGCUCAUUCAUUCACCCGUCAGUGUGACAUCAUACGUUGACAGAACCCCUGAGGUGGCGUUGGCUUCCUUUUGCCCAACACAGAGGCCACUGUUGGGGCCACAGGGUUCCAGCACGGCGGCUGGUGAUUGUAAUUAACCGUUUCCGGGGUUUCCUCACUUUAUGCCGUGACUGACCUCAGUAUUGGGAUAUUGUUAUACAGUUUUUGUUUUGGAAUAUGUUUUUCUGUUUAGAUUACUAAAAGCAUGUUUUACAUCCUCGAGUCCCAGACCUCUUGGGGGUUGAGGCUCCGUGGCAGUGUCUAAGCCGUGCACGCCUGUGAGAAACACGCACGGACUCAGAGUUUUCAGUAUGUUAAGCUGUAUGGUGCAAAUGAGUCCUUAGCUAUCAGAACAUUCUGAAAUCAUGUGUGAGGACAUUGGGGAAAUAGAGCUUUGUGGUUGAAACUGGGGAUCUUACCAUGAAUCACUCCACGGACUCGUGGGCGGCCCGUGUGACCAAACACACCAAAGUGCCUGUGGUGGAUGCUGGUUGUUACCUUGCGUACUUCUGCCUGCCAACAGAUCUUACCCUUCUCUUAGUUCACACUUUAAACCGGAGGUUUAUAUAUAAUGGAGCCUAUAGCCUCACAACACAGUUCAUGUAAUCAUAAAGACCAGUGUAAUCUCCCUGCUUCCUACUUGAUGGAACUUCACUAUAAAGCCUCAUUAUAAACCAUUUCCCAUGUUAAUGUACAGGAGGAAGUGGAUGAAUAUAUUGGUGCCCACAAAACAUUUAACCGCGGUGGUGUUUCAGCAGCGCGAUAAAGGCAGGUAAUUACUUAAUAAACCUAGUCGUCGGUCCAUGGUAUUAGAUUUAUUGAAGAUUUUUUUUCAAUUGAGUCUGUUGAAGGGCCUCUGGCAUAAUCUAUAAAAAGUGAACGACCGCUCACUGGAAUUUACAAUACCAGUAAUUUUUACCAACAUCCUGAACAUCUGGGUUUUGCCUUGUGCUCACCUUGUGGUAUGUAUUCACCUUAUGCAGCGCUCUAAGCAAUUAGGCAAAAUAAGUACAGGAAGAGUAUAAAGCCAGUGGCAGCAUGACACCCGCCUUGUGCCGCAGGGACGGAGGAGCCUGGAGAUGGACCUUGGCAGCGGGCUUCCUUCUCUUUAGAAGGAAAGGGACGAUUCUGAGGACGUAAAACAAAAAAACCUUUCCAGGUGUGAUUCUGUCCUUCAUGGCCAAAUGAGUGGUCAGUGGGAAGCUCUGGUAUUCCGUGGGAAGGACUGAGAAUUCCGCUCACGGCCGGACUCCGCACUCCAGGGUCCCCAGAUCGGCAUCCCUGCUCCUUAAUGACCGAUUCGUCUAGGAAAAGGGAACGUUAACUUCUCUGUAUUGAGCCGAAUCAACGGGAGGAAAAUUAACUUACACAGAUUUGAGUUCUGUUUGUCCAUGUGGGUUGCUUCUCCUGUGCCUUAGCGUACGGAAGUGUGACGCCGGUGUUUCCAAGUUCCAGAUCGUUGCUGUACUCACGGCAACUCUGUUCUGUGCUACGAGAUCGUGUUCGUGAGGAGGUCAGCCCUUUUUCUUCAGGAACCGAAGCUCAGUGGAGACCAGCGUAUAUGCGCGUGUAUACUCGGGCUGUCCGCCACUGCAGAUGGAAAACAGCCGAGGGCUUUUUUUAAUUGUUAUUAGAGAAUGUCCUUUUUGAUCAACUAAUUUUACAUGACAGUGCAUGUAUUUAUUCAAUAAACUCUUACGUUAGCUCA